AUAGAUUACCUGAUAUGGUACAUGAGUUGUUCGCAGCAGAAGAUGGGGGACAAAAAUCUAUGUUUAGGGUCAUAUUGGAAGAGAUGAAGCAAGAACUUUACCCAGGUUCAAGUACCUCAAGAUUCUCAUUCGUGGUGAAAUUACUUCAUAUCAAGUCAUUUUAUAAGAUAAGCAAUGCUGCAUUCAAUGGAAUCUUAAAGUUGUUAGUAUCAGCAUUCCCAGAGUGCUCUCUUCCCGAAUCAUAUGCUGCAGCAAAGAAACUCAUCCGUGCAUUGGGACUUGGAUAUGAUUCAAUCCAUGUGUGCCCGAAUAAUUGUAUUUUGUUUCGGAAGGACUAUCAUAAUUUGGAUGAAUGCCCGGUGUGUGGUUCGUCACAAUGGAAAGAUGGAGAAGGCAAGAAACGAAUACCUCAGAAAGUUUUACGUCACUUCCCAUUGAUUCCAAGGUUGCAAAGGAUGUUUGCUUCUAAAAGUAUAGCUGAGGAUGCACAGUGGCACAAGUUGAAGCGAAAAGAAGUGGACAAUGAGCUUAGCCAUCCAGCUGAUGGUGAGGCAUGGAAGGACUUUGAUAGAAAGUACAAGUGGUUCGCUAAAGAUGCAAGGAAUAUUAGACUUGGCCUUGCUACAGAUGGUUUCAAUCCAUUUGGGAAAAUGAGCUCCUCAUAUAGCAUGUGGCCGGUGUUUCUUAUCCCUUACAAUUUUCCUCCAUGGCUAUGCAUUGAGCAAUCCAACUUUAUGAUGUGUCUACUUAUUCCUGGUCGAGAGUGCCCUGGAAAGGAUUUUGACAUAUUUUUAGAACCACUCAUCGAAGAGUUGCAAGAACUUUGGAAGGGUGUCCCUACCUUCGAUGCGUUGAGUGGAAAAGGGUUUCACCUACAUGCUGCUGUUAUUUGGUGCAUUCAUGAUUAUCCGGCCUUGAGCACAUUGUCGGGUAGAGUCACAAGAGGGUACUAUGCUUGUGUGCGUUGUGACAAAUAUCCUUGCUCCAGAAGAAUAAGGAAUAAGAUAUGUUAUAUUGGACAUCGUCGUUUCCUUGCAAUGGACCAUCCAUGGAGGAAAAAGAAAGAUUUUGAUGGACAAAUUGAAAAACUUGGUAGACCAGAAGAAUUUAGUACAGAUGAGUUGAUGCAGCAAUUGGAAAGCGUGAAAGAUGUUAGGCCAGGAAAGCAUCCUGAAAGCAAAAAAAGGAGGAGAGGUGAUAAUGAUGAUUGCCAAUGUUGGAAGCGAAGGUCCUCCUUGUGGGACUUGCCAUAUUGGUCAAGUUUGAAGUUGCGGCAUAAUCUUGAUGUAAUGCAUAUUGAAAAAAAUAUAUGUGAGGCAAUCCUUGGUACAUUGCUUGGGAUUCCUGGAAAGUCAAAAGAUACUGUUAAUGCUAGACUUGAUUUGGAAGACAUGGGGAUAAGAAAAUCUUUACACUUGAAACGUAAUGGAAAUUCGUAUACUAUUCCGCCUGCCCCCUAUACAAUGGAUAAAAAACAGAGGCUUGUUUUCUUUGAUUUUGUGAGAAGUGUUAAGUUCCCUGAUGGAUAUGCUUCUAACCUUGCAACUUGUAUAACUGCUGAUGGAUGCAACCUGCAAGGACUGAAAACUCAUGAUUGCCAUAUCCUACUCCAAAGGAUUCUACCUGUUGCCCUCCGAGGAAUCAUGCAUAGGGACAUCUAUGAGGCAAUUGCUGAACUAGGGAACUUAUUUCAACAGUUAUGUGCCAAGACUCUCAAGUUAGAUGUUUUGCAUAAAAUUAAAUCUGAGAUUCCAAUUGUUUUGUGCAAACUUGAGAAAAUAUUUCCUCCUUCAUUCUUUGAUGUGAUGGUCCACUUAGUCGUUCAUCUCCCUGAUGAGGCAAUCCUUAGAGGACCAGUACAGUAUGGAUGGAUGUACCCAGUAGAAAGAAGGUUAUAUACUUUGAAACAUUCUGUUAGGAACAUGGCACGACCUGAGGGGUCCAUUGCAGAAGCUUAUGUUGCUAAUGAGUGCUUGCUUGCUUGCUCAAGGUAUUUUGAUGACCUUGACACACAUCACAAUCGGGAGGGUCGGAACAAAGAACGUGUUGAUUUUAGAAUGGGUGAUAUAUCUGUUUUCCAGCAUGGAGUUAAUUUCCUUGGAACCUCCAAGAUUACAUAUCUAGAACAUGAUUAUGAAAAAAUGAUGUGGUAUGUGCUAAACAAUUGUGAGGAGGUUGCACCAUAUAUAGAGAUGUACAGGAAGGAGUUAGAGAUCGAAGGAAAUUCUAAUGUUGAAGAAACUAUUGAGAAGCAAUUUGCUUCUUGGUUUCACAAGCAUAUUGCAAAACGGCAAUUCAUUGAUGGAGAAGAUGUGAAUGCGAAUCUAUAUGCUUUAGCGUGUUUUCAUAUUCAACCUAAUGAAGGAAAUUUGGACAAUGCACCGUUGAGUGAAGAAAAUUGUGUACAUGUUGAUGCAAGUGUGGUUGAUGAGCUUCGUCGCCAAAGAGAUGAUAUGCAAGAAAAUAAUUCAGGUUUAGAAGAAGAUGAAACUCAACUGCAGUACAUUAGUGAUGAUGAACAUCGAACAGUUCUUGACUAUGAAGAUGAAGAUAGCGAUGCCGAGUAG